CUGUAUCCGCUCCAGCCUUUCAUGUGUGUGACCACAUGGGCCUUGAACGGUGUCACGUGCUCUUCCUGUCCCCCAUCUCUGCUUUUUGCGUGGCUCGCUUCCUUUUUGCUGUUAAGGGCUCAGCUUACACGUUUACCUCCCAUCCACCUGUCUUAACAGGUCCUCCAUUUAUUUGGUAACUCAGUGGUUGAUUUUCCUCACAGUACUUACCACGACUGUCAUUGUAUCAUUUGCCUCCUCACUUUUACCAUUGUUGCUCUUACUUUUGUUUUGUCUUUCAUAAGCCCCAGCAAAACAGGGGCGGGGUCCGUCUUUUUGACGAUUAUAUCUCUGGUGCCUCGCUAAGUGGCCUGAUGCAUUGUAGGUGCUCAGGGAACGUUUACGGAGUAAAAUGAGUGAGGAGAUGGCAACAUCGAUCUAGAACACAGGAAUCGACAUCAGAAGAAAUCAAAUAGGAAAACUUUGAAACUUUGAGUGUGUAACAAAAACGGCACCAAAUCUAUCCACUAUAUUUUAGAAAUACAAGUUGUCAAAACUCAAUUUCUUGCAGUUGUAGGACAGAAGUUCCUGGUAAAACUGAGGUCCCCCUUUCCUUGCUGGCUGCCAGCAGGACACUGGUCUCAGCUUCCUUUACACGUGGCCCCUUCCUCCAGUGACCAGCCAGCAAAUGUGCAUCAAAUCCUCCUCAUGCUUCAAAUCUCUGAAUUCCUCAUCUGCUACCAGCCAGAGAAUAGUCUACAUUUAAAGAGAUCAUGUAAGGGAGCACCAGGGCGGCCCAGAGGGUUGAGUGUCUAACUCUUGAUUUCAGCUCAGGUCAUGAUCCCCACCCCACCCUCCGUUGGGCUACACAUGGAGCCUGCUUGAGAUUCUCUCUCCCUGUGUCCCCUCCCCUACUCAUGCUCUCUCUCUCUCUCUCUCUUUCUGUCUCUAAAAUAAAAUUUAAAAAUUUUUAAAAAGUCAUAGAAGUAGUGUAGCCCCACCCAGAGAUCUAUCUUCCUAUCAUAAGGUCCACUAAUUAGUAACCUUAAUUAUGUUGCUGUGAGAACUGGAGAGACUCCCUGGCCCUGAGGCUUUCACCUAGUAAUCCCAAGGAUGUCACCAAAGGGUCUUGGUCACAUAAAGAAUUCAAUGACGGGGGCACCUGGGUGGCUCAGUUAAGCAUCCGACUUCAGCUAAUGUCAUGAUCUUGUGGUUUGUGGGCUAAGCCACACGUUGAGCUCUGUGCUGACAGCUCAGAGCCUGGAGACUGCUUCAGAUUCUGUGUCUCCCUCUCUUUCUGCCCUCCCCCACUUGUGCUCUCUCUCUCUCUCUCUCUCUCUCUCUCUCUCAAAAAUAAGUAAACAUUAAAAAAAUUUUAACUCAUUACAUUUGGUUCAUCAGAUGUGUAUCAGCUACCUGCUUCCUCCUAGGAAAUCAGAUGACACCAAAUUGUACUUAAUUGAAUCAGGGCACUUAAUUGAAUAAAUCAGGUAAGUAAAACAUUGAAGAAAGUUCCAUCCAUAAUGUUAUGGCAAAUGUAGACUUGUACAUCUUCUAGGCAUUUUGUCAUAAGAGGUGUUUGGGAUCUGUAGCAAGUUGGGAUGUGAUCGGGAGUGGAGAGAGACCUGGGCACCAGAUAAUGCUGACAGAUCUCUGGGGGGGUUGGGGGGGGGAGCUUGGGGAGAAGGGAAAGAGGGUGUUUCCCGUCCUUCUUCCCUUCCCGUUCCUUGCCACGUCUUGAUGAAAUGAAAAGGGAAAAUUCAUUUCUUGGUCCACAAACGUCCAUGAGUAAAGACAGGUUCAGGGCGGCAUAAGAGCAGGAGGUAAGAUCUCACCCGGCGGCUGUGGGGAGAACAGACAGAGGCUGCCCGCCUGUGGCUUUGGGUGUGUGGAGGAUUUGCCUGCGCUGCUCUGGGGUUCUUGGCAGCAUUAAGCAUAAUCACAGAACAGUUGUUGCCUGUAAAUGUAACCCCGUGGUAAGCCACACUUUUAACAAUCAUGAAGUUAAAUGCAAAUCCAUAGUUAGGACUUCUGAGACUUACAGUCUUCUUGGACUGAAGACUCAAAAAACCUGAUACUCGGUACUGCAGUAAAGAGUAAAAACAAUGCAAUUGGCCGUGGACAUUGGCAAAGCAUAAGCUCCAGUCUCUGUGACUCUCCCGUUUUCUCAACACCAUAACGUUGUUCAUGUAGAUGUCACACGAGCGUCUGUCUCCCCCACCGUAAGCGCCAUAAAGGCAAGGACCAAGUCUGUUUCCUCUCACCGCUCUGACCUGAGCACUAUGUCAGGCAUCUGGUCAGCACAUGUAUUUGAAUGAAUGGGAUAAAUGCAUUUUCCCGCAAUAAAGUACAACUGGAAAACUUGUAAAUUCUCUCAGACAUUGAUAAUUCUAUUUUUUAAUGUUUAUUUUUGAGAGAGAGAGAGGCAGCAAGUAGGGGAUGGGCAAAGAGAGAGGGAGACACAGAAUCCGAAGCAGGCUCCAGGCUGUGAGCUGUCAGCACAGAGCCCGACACGGGGCUGGAACUCACAAACUGCAAGAUCAUGACCUGAGCCGAAGUCGGACAUUUAACUGAGCCCCCCAGGCACCCCAGUAAUUCUGUUAACAGUGGCCUGAGGCCAUGUAUAAAACUCAAAUGCUACCAUUAAAGUAAACUGUCAGUGUAACCACCAUUCGGCCUCCCAGCUUACAGUCCACAACCCUGCAACAUAUUCUCACGAUUUCCUUCCUGAAUCUUCCUCAGUAUUUCUAAACACAGAUCUAAUGCUGUGACAGUGACAUGAAAGCCUCACUGCCCCUCAGUUUUCCGUAGGAUAGAGUCUAAACAUCUCAGCCUGGAGUUCAAGGCUGUUUUCUGUUCCCACCUUACCUCUUCCCACACGUUUUCUGCCCACACCCUGUUAUCUGUAGUCCAGCCACCAGCACCCACACCGGUCCCUAGAUCUUCUGUGCCCUGUAACCUUAGAGAGCUUUGGUCCUGUUGGGUCUCCUCCUGUCGCCCUUUCUUUGCCUGACAAAUUCCUGUUUGUUAUUUUAGGCCUAAUUCAAAUGCAUUUGCCCGUAAGCCACAUGUUUUCACUGCUCCAUACCCAGUCAGAGUGAUCUUUUCCUACUCUUUGCUUUCUGGAUAUUUGGUUAAAUCCUCUGUUAUAGCACUCAUCACUUGAUUUUUUUUUCACAUUUAUUUAUUUUUGAGAGACAGAGACAGAGCGUGAGCAGGGGAGGGGCAGAGAGGGAGGGAAUCACAGAAUCAGAAGCAGGUUCCAGGCUCUGAGCUGUCAGCACAGAGCCUGAUGCGGGGCUCGAACCCACGAGUCGUGAGAUUGUGACCUGAGCCGAAGUUGGACGCUUACCCGACUGAGCCACCCCGGCGCCCCCAUCAUUUGAUUUUAUAGCUAGUCUUGUGUGUCCUGUUCUUUACCUGAUGCUACUGUGUAUUGACUGUCUAGCAGGUUUUUAAAUCACUAUUUAUUUUUGUUUGUUUUCUUGCAAUAACAAUUUCAAAUGAUACAAAAAUCAGGAAAAGUAGAGAGUAUUCUGUGUAAAGUAGAUUUCCCUUAUUCUUGUUCUGCACCUGCCUGGUUCCCUCCCCAGUGGCCAAGGCUGUGUCUCAGUUUUUCGUGGCCAUAAUAACAUGGUGUAACAACCGUAAAACUUCGCGGCCUGCAGCAAUACACAUUUAUUUAGCACAAGAAUCUGUGGGGUGCAGCUGAUUGGGCAGGGCUUACCCGCGUGUCUGCAGUGAGCUGGGGGGCCGCCGAGCGUCUCGGCAGACGCGUCCAGGCUCACACGUCUGGGGGCCAGCUGCCUGUCAGCUGAGCCGGGAGUGUCCAUGUGCCUCUGUCAUCGGGGCGGGGGGGGGGGGGGGCAGUGGGUCCUCCUCCUCACGGUCGUGGAGAGCAAGCCCGGGGGCUGUGUCACACAAGUUCUUCCCAAACCUUUGUUUGUGUCGCAUUUGCUGAUGGCACAGUGGCCAGAUCCAGUCACGUGGUUGAGCACAGACUCCCAGUGGGAAGGCGCUGGAAAGAGUGAGGAGGCCGGGCGGUUAUGUGCCACAUGCUUUUCUCCAGAUUCUGGACAAAGGUGUGUGCUCUUCAAGAAGAGCAGGCCAGGGAGCCUUGAAUCCGCUUCCCUUGCCUGGGCUGGGGCGAGCCUUCUGAGCAGGAUGGCUUCGGCGGAGGAGCAGCCCGGACUUAGAGCCGUGAAGGUGGAGGAGGACCGUGUCUGGGACCAGGAGACCUUCCUUCGAGAGAGCGGCAUUUCUACUCAGGAGGCCUCCCGCCAACUUUUCAGGCACUUUUGUUACCAAGAGUCCCCCGGGCCCCGCGAGGCGCUGCGCCGUCUCCGCGAGCUGUGCCGCCAGUGGCUGCGGCCCGAGACGCACAGCAAGGAGCAGAUCCUGGAGCUUCUGGUGCUGGAGCAGUUCCUCACCAUCCUGCCCGCCGAGCUCCAGGCCUGGGUGCGGGGACAGCACCCGCAGAGCGGGGACGAGGUGGUGACGGCGCUGGAGGGUCUGGAGAGGGAGUUCAGUGAGCCUGAGAACCAGGCCCCAGACGAUGCCCCUGGCCAUUCAGAAGUGCUGUCAGAGGAUGGGGUGCAUGUGAAGGCCAAGCAGGAAUCAAGAGCCAUCCAGCUUCAGGCCACGGUGACACAGCUCAAAUGUGAAUCUCUUGGUCCCCACAAAAUUGGGGAACAAGGUGCUGACGUUGUACCAGAAAGCCAGGAGCCGGCGGUGCGGCAAGAAGUUUUGAAGGAAAUGGAACAUUUUGGAAAUAGCCGACUCCAAAGAGACGCUCCCCUGGACUCUCAGUGCCGGGAAGCUUGGAAGCGGGAGAGCAGGGCGGGAAAGCCGAGGGGACGCGCCGCCGGAGAGCGACCGCACAGGUGCAGCGAGUGCGGGAAAGGCUUCGCUCAGAGCUCGGUCCUCACUCAGCACCAGAGAACCCACACCGGGGAGAAGCCCUACGAGUGCGAGGAGUGCGGGAGAGCCUUCAGCCAGCGCUCCGGCCUGGUCGAGCAUCAGCGGAGCCACACCGGGGAGAAGCCCUACGUGUGCGACGAGUGCGGGAGAGCCUUCAGUGCUAGCAACGGCCUCAUCAGACACAGGAGGAUCCACACGGGGGAGAAGCCCUACGGCUGUGAGGAGUGCGGGAGAGCCUUCCGCCUGAGCUCGUACCUCGUUCAGCACCAGAGGAUCCACACGGGGGAGAAGCGCUACCGCUGUGGCGAGUGCGGGAAGGCCUUCAGCCAGAACGCGGGGCUCUUCCAGCAUCUCCGCGUCCACACGGGGGAGAAGCCCUUCCAGUGCGGCCAGUGCGGCAAGCGCUUUAGCCGGCGGACCCUGCUCGGCAAGCACCAGAGGAGCCACACUGGGGAGAGACCGUACACGUGUGACGAGUGCGGGAAGGCCUUCGGCCACCACUGCAACCUCAUCAGGCAUUUUAGAAUCCAUACCAUUGCCAAACCGGACUAAUUCCCCGGACCCCCCGACUCCUAGAUGGGGCCGUCUUGGAAAGUCGGCUUUUCACGUGGCUCAUUUUGUUUUGGCCAAAUUUAUGGUGCUCCGGAACGAGUAGUUCAUCUGCAGACUCGGUGCCGGGGUCUCCCGGUGAACGGCCGUGGUUGUGGGCGGUUCCGGGUACCCCCCUUCUUCCCUAUCCUUUGGUUCGUUUCUAAUGAUUUCCCUCAAAAGAGACCGAAAUCACCUGGAAAUAAAUUGCUGUGGAGGGGCUGUUCUUGGGUGUUACUGAAUACUGAACAACUCUGAAAAACUGGUUUCUGUGUAUGUGUAUACGUUUUAAAGAUUGGGUAAAUCCAGGAGCGCCGGGGGCCUCAGUAUACUCUUUAAAGAUUAGGUAAAUCCAGGGGUGCCUGGGUGGCUCAGUCGGUUAAGCAUCUGACUUCGGCUCAGGUCAUGAUCUCACAGUUGGUGGGUUCGAGCCCCACGUCGGGCUCUGUGCUGUCAGUUCAGAGCCUGGAGCCUGCUUCGGAUCCUGUGUCUCCCUCUCUCUCGGUUCCUCCCCCACUCAUGUUCUGUCUCUCUCUGUCUCAAAAAAUGAAUAAACAUUAAAAAAAAAUUUAAAGAUUGGGUAAAUUCAAAGAAUAUCAAGACGAGGUGCUCCCCACCCCCACCCCCCCCGUAAAAGUUACAUUUUAUACACACCUAAGGGUUGGGAAUGACCAGUGCCGUGGUCUCCCCGAGGAAUGUGGUGGAUGACCAUCAGAGGGGGUGGUGUACUAUCUAAGCAGCGUUGUCUGUGGCGUGAAACGUGUGGUCCUGACAGCUUAGAGCGCUGUGUGCGGGAGAUAUCUAAGUGCAGGUCGUUACCAUAUUUCAGGUUUCCAGUUUUGUUGUAAAUAAUGAGGGGACACUUGAGCGCUUGCUCGGUGCACUCUUUGACUUGCAGCCUCUCCGUCAGCAUUCUUCCCCUGCCUCUGCCUUUUGGAGGUCAGUCGGCGACGGUGACGUUGAGUGCCCUUGCAAGAAUCAUGGAGGGGGCUCUGUGGAGGAGGGGGGCCGCUGACCUGGGGCGGCCUGCUGCUUAACUGGAGAGACCAGCACGCACAGACCGUCUGCUGUCAGAGUUCAGCACAGGCUCUGGCACCAGACAGCGUGGGUUCCAGUCCUGCCCUCUGUUUGUGAGCCGUGCGACCUUGGGUAACUCACUCUAGACCCUGCGCUACAGUCUCCCCACCUAUAACGGGGUGCUGACGGCACCCUUCGCACGGGGCACAUGAGACUUAACACGGGCGCCUGAGUGGCUCUGUCGGUUAAGCGUCCGACUUUGGCUCAGGUCACGAUCUCACUGUCCGUGAGUUUGAGCCCCGCGUCGGGCUCUGGGCUGACAGCUCAGAGCCUGGAGUCUGCUUCAGAUUCUGUGUCUCCCUCUGUCUGCCCCUCUGCUGCUUGCACUCUGUCUCUCGCAUUGUCUCAAAGGUAAAUAAACAUUAAAAAAAAAAAAAAAAAAAGACUAAGUUAACACAAACUUUGAAACACUUAAGCCAGAGAAAAGAAACGAUACCAUCUAAUGAAUAUAGGUGGCAUUGUGAGCACGCUGGGACUCCCUAGGAUAUUAAAUGCCCCUGCGGACAUUCUCAUUAUACUUGUCUCCACGGUCAAAAUCUGAGGCAGAAUUUCUAAAAAGAGGAAGUAAAAGUUCAGCUUUAAAGUAUACUGUGCUAAACCUUUGUUUUUGAAGUUUACUUUUAAAAAAUUAGAAUGUG